GGAAUGUUCAAUGAUAGUGAUUUGUAAAUAUUAAAUCGCAUUCUUUGUGUUAGUCACAAAACAGGUUCAUGCCUGUGGUGAUGUGAGAUAAGUUUGUUGAUUCAUAGAGUUUCGUUGUACUUAGGGAUGUGUAUGUGUGUCAUGUUUUAGAUAAGAAUGGACUAUAUAUGAUGGAACAAUUGCAGUCAUGCAAUCAGUGUAUGGUCGUUUGACCACAGUGAAUUGUAUACGUCUACCAAUACUACGUUUGUGCUACCUACUUCAACGCAUCAUGGAGGUAAGUGUUUAUUCUAUUGACAAACUUACUUGUAUUUCUGUUGUUGUACGUGUGUAUGUGUGUGUGUGUCAGAUUAAUCAAAUUGAUAUUAACGUGAUAACUCUGUUGUUGCAGAGAUCAUUCAGCUUCGCAGACGAUAAUGUAAAUACCUAUAAACAGUAUUACUACUCGCCUCUUUCUCCCCAACACGAAGAAGAGAGUGAUGACAUCGUUGUUAAUAACACAGGCGAUGGUGGAAAAAGGAAAUCGCAACCGAUUGAUACAUUUUUUGAAGUGGCACCAAAAAUAAAAAGGAGGAAGCUGCUAUCGUCGACUGUGGCACGAGCUGUUAAAGAUGGCGUAUCAUACAUCUCUACAAGUUCUGACGACGGAGGCCAAGCGACGCAUCUCAUAAAAAUUGAAAUGUAUGAUAUGAAGAAACUAUCCAAGAUUCCAACUAGUGAUCACUGGAAGCAUGCUACCACGAGGAUUAAAUAUUACGUAAAGAAUUAUAAGGAUAGCAUCUACGACAACACAAAUGGUCUCGUAUACAAUAUUACAAAGACAAUAGCAGAAAGUGAAAAAGUAAAAAAAUACUUUUUUAACAAUGACAGUCACUCAUUAGUGGACUAGUCAUAUUAAUACAAAUUAAGGAUUCUAAAGAUGUUUAUAAACUAAACAUAGAUAAACUAAUAGUAUAUGUUAACUAAUGAUAUAAAAGUUUGUGAUGAAAUGGAGAAGCGUGAACUGUUCGAUUCAUCGUAUGAUGAUGCUCGGAUACUCUCUUCUCUACUUUAAUUAUAAGUAGUAUAUUUUAGAAGAUUAAAU